AUGACUUACUUCUCCGGGGCAGUGGUUCUAUUGCUACGUGGACUCGUCAUCUCUGCGGUACUCGGAUUAGAAACCAGCUACACUAAUGAUCUCUCGGGCCAUGCGACUUCGGACGCCGCAAUUGUGGCAACUACAGACCCAUGUUUGACAGUCGUCCCGCCGUGUAUGAGUGAAGCGGACCGGUUCAGCCUGGAUGCUCUACGCCACAUACACAAACAGCUGGACGAUGACAAUGACGGAGGCAUCGAAGUCAACGAGAGUGUGGAGUUCAUCAUAGAAGACAUGAAGCAACAGCAGACGAAUAAACACAGCAACCUGCACAGAGAGGACCAGCACAUUACUGUGGAAGAGCUGUGGAGAGGCUGGAAAACAUCUGAAGUCCACAACUGGACAAUGGAGGACACAGUCCAGUGGUUGAAGGAGUCAGUGGAGUUACCCCAGUACGAGAGAAACUUCAGGGAUUUUAGAGUAAAUGGCAACACACUGCCUCGAAUAGCAGCUAAUGAACCCUUGUUCAUGUCGACCCAGUUGAAGAUAUUGGAUCAGAGACAUAAGCAGAAAUUAAACUUGAAGGCACUGGACGCAGUGCUCUUUGGACCACCACUGCGCCCACACCAUAACUGGUUGAAGGAUUUUGUUCUAAUGGUGUCGAUUAUCAUCGGAGUGGGGGGAUGCUGGUUUGCCUACGUUCAGAACAAAUCAUCCAAGGUCCACAUCUCCCAGAUGAUGAAAGAUCUGGAGAGCCUACAGAGCGCAGAGCAGAGUCUAAGAGACCUACAGAGUCGACUGGAGAAAGCUCAGGAGGAGAACCGUACAGUUGCAGUGGAGAAACAGAACCUGGAGCAGAAGAUGAGGGACGAGAUCACCGGUGCAAAGAGGGAGGCGCAUCGGCUGCGGGAGCUGCGGCAGGGAGCGGAAUGUGAGCUGAGCAGACUCAAAUACGCAGAGGAGGAGCUGGUGCAGGUGCGCAUGGCGUUAAAGAGGGCAGAGAAGGAGUUACAGUCGGAGCGGUCCGUUCCGGAAACCUUGCAGAUGUGGCUGCAGCUCACACACGAGGUUGAAGUGCAAUAUUACAACAUCAAAAAACAGAGCGCUGAGUUACAGCUCACCGUCGCCAAGGAAGAGGCAGAAAAGAUAAAAAAGAAGAGAAGUUCAGUGUUUGGAACCCUCCAUGUGGCUCACAGUUCCUCUCUGGAUGAGGUCGACCAUAAGAUCCUUGAGGCCAAGAAGGCCCUGUCAGAGGUCACGGCGUGCCUGCGAGAGAGGUUGCACCGUUGGCAGCAGAUUGAGAAGCUGUGUGGUUUUCCGGUGGUCCAGAAUUCCGGGCUGUCGACUCUGACGGCGUCCCUCUACUCUGACCACAGCUGGGUGGUUAUGCCCAGGGUCUCAGUACCUCCUUAUCCCAUCGCCGGAGGGGUGGACGACCUGGACGAAGACACGCCCCCAAUCAUUCCCCAGUUUAACUCUCCACUCAUGCGACCUCCUCUGACGCGGAACAGCAGCGUGUGUCGUUCCCGGCGGAGUCUCCUGAGCUGCCAGCAGUCCAGUCUGGUGUCCCCUGACCCUGACCUGCUCUCCAUGGCCUCCGCCCCACUGCCCUACCGCACCGAGGGAGAGGACGAGCAGAUCUUCUUCACCGUCGAUAAGAAAGGGGAUACACAGGACACCUGCUCAGACUCCGACUCCCUCAGCUCCUCCCAGAGCAGGAAGCAGUUCUCAAGCUCUUGUGCUACAGGUGCGGAGACCCCGCAGCGCAAGAUCUCCCGCGAGGAGUUUCUCCUCCUUACCCAGGAGGCACAGCUUGUUACCAUGGACACCUCCCCAACCGCUGCCCCUGAAGCAUCUGCCAAACCUCAAAAGGGGUCACCCGACCUCACCCGUGCCAUCCCAGAAUCCCAGAGUUUGACCUUUCAGCCUAACCCUAAGGUCUACAAUGGCGUCCUGGAGAAGUCCUACAGUCUGGGCCAGCUGCCCGCCAGCGGGCCAGUUCCCGAGCCACGCUACCCCUCCCUCAGCUCACUGGACACAGAGGGCAAGAUGAGCAAGGAGGCCAAACUCCAAAGCACUUCCUCCCAGGACUCGUGCGAUGGCAGUGAGAAAAAACGGAUAAAAAACGGAUCCAAGAUAAAGAACUUGUUUAAGAAGAGCAAAAAGGAAAAAUAA